UUCCUCAAGGAAGAAUUUUAUUACGGCUAGUGUCUUAGAGCCAGCCUUUGUGUUUCCAGCGCUAUAGUCGAUAAUAACGUUUUAUAAGAGUAUCCUUAACUUAUUUCGUCCGAACUGCUUCGUACACCGCCUCUUGAUUUACUACGUUCUGUUCGUAAGAUGGCUUUCAGUAAUUCUGGCGACGUCGCUGAAAUCGCUCAGUUGAAUGUUAUGCAAAGCAUCACAAGCAACGAGGAAAUAAUUGAAAAAGCAGGAGCUAAUUCAAGUGAUGAGAAGGGAGAGAAAGCGGCAAGGCAUCACUUCUCUGAGCCUUGGGGAGACAGCGAUGUUGUUCUUGUGGUGGAAGAUGAAAAAUUCCACGUCCAUCGCCAGAUACUGAGUCUGAACUCACCAGUGUUUAGGGCCAUGUUUAAAUCUCAGUUUAAAGAGGCAACCGUUAACGAGAUUCCGCUGCCUGGGAAAAAAGCCCAUGGAGUGUUGGAUUUUUUGAUGAAAAUUUACGGACCUCAGUACACCAGAAAGGAAGUGGAAAUCACAUUGGAAAAUGUGGAACAACUUAUGCAGUUAAGUGACGAGUAUCAAGUUACAGAACACAUUUUCCAACCCUGCGUGAAGUUCCUUGAAUAUGAACCUAAAACUAAGGAAAAUGUCAUGAAGAUUCGAGGGAUUGCAGAGUUUUAUGACCUAGAGAAAGUACGUCAGCAAUGCGACAAACUGCUCAGUGGCAUGAAGCUGGAGACUCUUUCUGAAACAAUCCAGUUUGAAAAUGUUGAGAAGGAUAAACUGCAACAUUUUCUGACGCAGAGGAUUGAAGUGUUGGAAGGAUAUCUGGAGAAAUUGUAUCCACAAUUUAUGGGCCUUCUGGCAUGUUGUUUGUGGUUGUGGCAUGAAGCAAAACGGAACCUGAAAUGGUGUUCUACUCAUUUCAAGUGCGGAAAAGCGCAAAUGAACAUUGAUAGCUGUAUUAAAAAAUGUAAGGUUUGUCAAGAAAUGCUGGAUAAUUUGGUUUUAUCUACUCAACUUAGUCUAUUCUCUAAUUUUCCUUAUCACACUUAUGGCAAUGCCAACUUCAAUCGUCAUCGUUUUGACGAGAGCUUGCAAAAUAUAAUUCAUAGAUACUCUCAGGUAAUGACUUAAUAGAUGAAAUAUUACGAAAAGUAGCGCCAAUAUAACUUGAGUUAAUAACUUAUUGAGAUUCGGUGUACAUUUUCACUAACUACCAAGAACAAUUUGUAUUUCAAGAUGAAAUUUUCAUUGAUCUUGAACUUUGAACAUAUUAAUGGCUUUUACGGAGUCGCGAAAAACGGACUCCUCAUCAUUCGGGAACGGUUGAGAUAUAAGCUAAUAUAGCUUAUACUCCACUGUAGAGGGUUAACCUAGAUCUGAGUUAGGAAAAAUUUGUAAAGCAUGUAUCCAUAGGAGGUAAAUUUGAAGAGAAAAGAGUUUUCAGAGGUGAGUUUUACGUGUAAGAGGCUUUAGAACAACAAAACAUGAGUUGAACACUGAUUCUAGCGGGGCAGAAAUCGCAAACGUGACUGGAAAGAUAAAGUAGACACAUGUUUUUUUUUUUAAGCACUGUAUAGGAUGCUUUAAACCCGAAGGGCUCUGUACACUGUUUUCAAAUGUAUUUCUAAUCGUAAAUAGAGUUAAAAUUAAAUUUGUAAAAGAUAUUUGAUAGAAAUGGAUGUUUCACGUAAUAAAACUUGGAGCAUUUUGUUGAACAUGCAUUUGUAAAACAUGCACUAUACGGAUUGUUUACACCGUCUAUGUAUAAUAAAGGAUUUUCUGAGAAGAAAAAAAUCCU